UUUGUAGAAAUUGGAGGUUACGAUGGCGAAAACUUUUCCAAUACUUUGUUUUUGGAAAAAGUUCGAAAUUGGGAUGGCUUGCUAGUCGAAGCCAGUCCAUUUUUGUAUGAUAUGAUGUUGACAAAAGACCGGAAGUGCUAUAUGGUGAAUGCUUGUAUAAGUAAAAGUCUGCCAGCAAUGACAUUUGUGUUAGCUGGUGCAAUUACUAGUGCUAAGGAAACACUAACAGAUAGGCAUAGUAAACGCAUAGACAGGGGGAAAAUUACAUAUGCUAAAGAUGAACACUGGGCUCACGCCAAUGACACGGUUAAGGUGAAUUGUUUUUCGUUUCGUAAGCUAAUGAGAACUGUAGGGCGCAAUUAUAUCGAUUACUUUUCUCUAGAUGUAGAAGGUGCAGAAAUGCAUAUCUUAAAUUCAAUUGAAUGGGAAGAUCUAAAUAUUGACGUGUUUAUGAUAGAAACAGAUCAACAUCGUGAUCAAAUAAUGUCUUUGAUGAAGCAAAAAGGAUAUAAAUGGAUACAUAAACUAAGCGGAGAUGACAUCUUUCAAAAAAUUAGAGACGGAGUUCUUAUUGCUUUAUGGUACAGAGGAAGUUGUUCUCAUGUCACUACUCUGGAGGAUCUACUAGCCCAUGUCACUACUCUGACUAAUCUACCAGCUCAUAUCACUACUCUGGAGGAUCUACCAGCUCAUGUCACUACUUUGGAGGAUCUACUAGCUCAUGUCACUACUCUAGAGGAUCUACUAGCUCAUGUCACUACUCUGGAGGAUCUACUUGCUCAUGUCACUACUCUGGAGGAUCUACUUGCUCAUGUCACUACUCUGGGGGAUCUACUAGCUCAUGUCACUACUCUGGAGGAUCUAAUAGCUCAUGUCACUACUCUGGAGGAUCUACUAGCUCAUGUCACUACUCUUGUGGACCUACUAGAUCAUGUCACUACCCCGGCUGAUCUACUAGUUCAUAUCACUACUCUGGAUGAUCUACUAGCUCAUGUCACUACUCUUGAGGAUCUACUAGCUCAUGUCACUGUCAACUGA